AGGACGUGGACGAGUCGCCCAAGAACCACUGUGGGGCUGUGAGCUGGGUGGGCCUGGCUCCCUGGACCGUGGGGCUGUGAGCUGCGUGGGCCUGGCUCCCUGUGCGGUGUUACCGCGUCUGGGCUGCCCCAGCCGUGCCAUGUGGGUUUGACCAGAGGAGGCUUCAGGAGGGAGCUGGCGUGGGUCCCCUGUGCCCGGGACACUGAGGGACGCUGGGCCCUCCAGGCACUGAUGUGCGUGCUCUCCCCGAGGGCCUGGUGUGGGUCCUGGGUGUGGUCCAAGGCCGGGCGUGGGGCAGCCCCUCACUCCCCAUUGCAACCCCUGCCCUGGAGAGAUGCUGCCUGCAGGAACCAGGCAGGGGUGUGGGCGGGCGUGUGGCUCGGAGAGCUGCCGGGAGGGGAGGGCUGUCUCCCGCGUGCUGGAGGCUGGCGCGUCACACGCCAGCAUCACAUCCUCUCACCCCAGGUCACAGAGCAUGGAGCACGUCCUAGCAUACAUCACAGCAUCAUACACAUCCCACAUCACAUCACACGUGUCACUCAGGUCAGGCCGCAUCACUUCACGCAUUGUCACGUCCUAGCCGAUACAGCAGGUCAUGUUACAUACAUGUCACACAUGUGCCGUAUCAUGCAUCACAGGAUAUUGCAUCAUGUAUACAGCAUGUCGUCAUGUCACAUCAUACAUUAUGCACCAUGUCAGAACAUACAUCAGAUCGUACUGUGUCUUGCCAUGUAUCACGUCACGUGCACCAAGUGGUACCCCUGUGUGUCAUUGUCUGAUGUCCUCAUAUGUCGCAUCAUGGCAUGGCAUGGCACGUUGCAUGGUAUCCUGUGUCAUAUGCGUCACACCAGGGUGCUUCAGAAGUCCAUAGGGAGACAAUUAGGUGAGUUCCUGUUGGGACCGAGCGUUUGGAAUCCGUGUGCAGAUUUCCCGUGGCACGCACCUGCUGAGAACUGCGGAGGCCCCCUCCGGAGCUGUCGGGCUUUUUCUUUUCUUUUUUUUUUUUUUAAAUUUUUAUUUAUUUAUUUAUUUGAAAAAGUUACACACAGAGAGAAGGAGAGGCAGAGAGAGGGAGAGAGAGAGGUCUUCCAUUCAUUGAUUCAGUCCCUAGUUGGCAGCAAUGGCCAGAGCUACUCUGAUCUAAAGCCAGGAGUCAGGAGCUUCCUCCUGGUCUCCCACGUGGGUUCAGGGGUCCAAGGACUUGGGCCAUCCUCCACUGCCUUCCCAGGCCACAGCAGAGAGCUGGACUGGAAGAGGAGCAGCCAGGUUGCUGUCGGGCUUUCUCUUCACCACCAUAAGCUUGCCUUUCCAUUCCGUUUUCUUUUCGAAGUGCCCUGGGGUGUCUGUCUGGACCCUGUGGUGUGUGCUUUCUUGGGGUGGAACACAGAGCGCUGGGUGGGAGCAGCCAGGGGCUGGAGCUCAGCUUGGGCCGAGGUGCGUGUGGGGAGCAGAGCCGUGGCCUGGGCUGGCCGGCAGCUCUCGGAGUUGAUCCACGGUCGUGCCCUUGCAGGCAGUGGCCCUGCUGUGCUGUCGGCUGGGACCUCUGGCCGGGGCCCUCGUGCGUUCCGGCUUCUGUCUUGCCCGAUUUGCACCUUGAUGAAUUCUAGCCUGAGGGGCCCUCGUUCCUGGCCACCACCCAGCAAACCCUGUGUGUCCCUGCUCGGUUUGCCACUGUGUGGAGCCGUGUGGAGCCGCACACCCACCAUCCCACUCUGCUCCUUGGUCCGCUACUCCACGAAGCGCUGCCCAGCGCUCACCUGUGUGUCAGCUGCUGGCUUUCAGGCCCUGAGCCUCUUGGCCUUGUGUCCUGGCCCCGCCUGAAACCAGCUACCCCAGGGCCACUGGAGCUGCCUUGACUGCUGAUUGCCUCGGAAUCCCCGGGGCCUCAGCUGUCCAGUGGGGUCCUGGCCCUGGACAGGAAGCUGCAAGACACUGGGCUCUGGAGGUGGCCUCCCCCUGCCCUCUCUGGGGCCACCAGGGCGCACUCUGCUUGGAGCCCCUCCCACUGGGACUCUCCGCACCCGCGCCCUCCCCCGUGGCCACACCAGGCGGCAUCUGGAAACCCCAGGACAGCGCAGUAUCUGGGGAGGCGGUCCAGGCCGAGGAGGACAGGAUGUGGUUCUUCCCCUCCUACCUCCGAGGGGCGCUUCAGCCGGAGCCCCCAGCAUGCGGGCAUCUCCUUGGAAAGAUGAUGGAGAUGAUGUCCUGGGAAGCGGAGGCCCAGGGCUGUCCCCCUCCUUGGCCACUCCUGGCUCCAACAGCCUGGAGGGCCAGCAGGACCAGCCCCCCAUCUGCUGCUGUUGGGGGCCCAUCCUUGGGUUACUCCAGGACUCCCAGUGGUGCCCUGGUGGCUGGGAUGUGGGCAGCAGCACCUGCCUGCGACCCUCGGGAAAUGGGAGGCCUGGCCUGUGUGAGGCCUCUGUGCCUGGAACUGCCCACAGCACAGCACUGCCUGGGCAGAGGGGCCAGGGCAGGGCCGAGCAGGUGGAGCCAGAUGAGGCCUGCCCCUCCCACCGGCGCUGGCCCCCUG